AUGGUGUUUUGGGAGGGAUAUGUGAGCGACGAAGCAAUGGGGAUCAUUGCUCCAAUGGUGGUUUACUGGGUCUAUGCUGGGUUUUACCAGCUCGUACUGUCGUCGUUGGAUGAGUACAGGCUGCACUCGAGGAAGGAAGAAGACGAGAAGAACUUGGUGCCGUUCCAUAGUGUGAUGAAGGGCGUUUUGAUCCAACAGCUACUUCAGGCAACGAUAGGCUUUUCCAUCUUCUUGUUCACCUCAACCCCAGCCCAACAACAACAACAACAACAACCAUCCAUCCCACACCAGCUCGCUCAGACCAUCCUCGCCAUGCUCAUCGUCGACGCGUGGCAGUACUUCGUCCACCGCUACAUGCACCAGAACAAGUUCCUCUACCGUAAGGUCCACUCCCAGCACCACCGCCUGGUGGUGCCCUACGCCGUCGGGACGCUCUACAACCACCCCGUCGAGCCGGCGCUCGACACGGUGGGCAGCGGCGUCGCGUUCCUCCUGUCUGGGAUGACGCCACGGACGGCGGUGUUCUUCUUCAGCUUCCACGUCGUCAAGACCGUGGACGACCACUGCGGGAUGCUGCUGCCGUGGAACUUGGUGCCUAGGGUUUUCUACAACAACGCGGCGUACCAUGAUAUUCACCACCAGCUGCAAGGGAGCAAGUAUAACUAUUCACAGGCGUUUUUCUCGAUCUGGGAUAGGGUUUGCGGGACGCACAUGCCGUACGUUGUUGUGAAGCGGGAUGGUGGCGGGUUCGAGGCUAGGUUGCUCGUACUGCCAUCGUUGGAUGAGUACAGGCUGCACUCGAGGAAGGAAGAAGACGAGAAGAACUUGGUGCCGUUCCAUAGUGUGGUGAAGGGCGUUUUGAUCCAACAGCUACUCCAGACAACUAUAGGCUUUUCCAUCUUCUUGGUAAGUUUUGGCUCUCAUGAGUUGAGUUGA